UAUCAAUGGAAAAGAUAGUUACAUUUGUAAAUGUCCAGCAGGUUGGAAAGGGCUUACUUGUCAGGAGGAUACAAAUGAAUGUGAAGAGGAACUUUGUUUUCCUGGUGUCUCUUGCACAAACACAGUCGGAUCUUACACAUGUGGCAACUGCCCCAAUGGGAUGCAGGGUGAUGGUAGAAGCUGCAAAUUUGAGGACAGUGCUGACAUGACAGAAGCUUUCAUUAAUGAUAAUCAUAAUCCUAAAGGUGAAUGGAAAAAGAGUGAAAGUAAACAGCCAGUCAUACCUCUAGAAGCGAAGACGUUGCCUGCAAUUAAGUAUGUUAAUAUUACUGAUGUUCAUGGUCAUGGAGCAGUUCUGCCACCCAUUACUAACUGUGCCAACAGACCUUGCUUUCCUGGAGUUGUCUGCAUUGACCGUAAACCUCCAGAUAUUGGAUAUCUCUGUGGCCGAUGUCCAACAGGUUUAUCUGGAAAUGGACGAAUCUGUACAAGAGCAUCAAGACCAGUGUCAAGGUCCACCCAAAGUGUGACUGAUGUACCAAUGAAAGUCACCGGGGAUGUUAAGGUUUCUUCCACUCAAGAUGACUUAAAGAGAUCAAAUAAUACUGAUUCGAGGCUCUCACAAGUCCACAUCUCCAAACCAGAAACAACUUUCCUUACAGCUCGAUAUCCUAUCACUGUUGACAUUCAGCCACUAGCCAGUGAAAGAGUGGAACCUUGGCCUCAGGCAUCAUCUGUGAAGAAGCUGGUUUUGAAUUCCAAACUGUUUCACAGACGCAUUUCAUUAGAUGAAGCGAAAAACAGCACCCAGAGCCUUCUUCUGCACCAUGAAACAACUCACCAAGGGGCAGCCCAAAUCUUAUCACACUAUAAGAUUCAUGCCCAGUCACUUGCUAGAAGAAAUGUUUCCACUGAACAGAAAUUAAAUACAAGGCCACAUGCUGAUUUGCAGACUCAUACCUCAUUUGAUGGACAGUCUUUUGGGAAAAAGUCUCUUGGGACUUCACACACUAGAUCUGCUCUUGCUUUUAAAGCAGGCCGCCCAGGUACUUCUGUUUUAGCAACACCAUUGGCCUCCUCAUCCCAUCUGAAAGCUACUUUUUCUGGUAUAACCCCACAAGGCCCCAUCCGCCCAGCAGGGGCUUCUACAAAAACAAGGGUUCCAGUAUGGACAUCUUUGGGCAGAAAGCCUCAUGCCUCCCCAGCUAAUCAUUUGGGCCUUUCCACACCAAUUGAUAGGCUGCUACUUGAGAAGAAAGUCACCUGUGCAGAUACACCAUGUUUCAGUGGUGUGCUUUGUGAGCCAACAAAGGACAGAAAAUUCAGAUGUGGACCCUGUCCAUUUGGAUACAGCGGUGAUGGAAUUGAAUGUCAAGCAUUUUGUGAUCCCUCAUGUGAGAAUGGAGGAACAUGCAUCACUCCAAAUAUCUGUUCCUGUGUUUAUGGAUUUGUGGGUCCUAGAUGUGAAACAUUGGUAUGUAAUCGGCAUUGUCACAAUGGUGGGAAAUGCAUUGCACCGGAUGAAUGUGAAUGCAAACCUGGAUGGAGCAGCCCUUUGUGUGAGACAGCUGUUUGCAAUCCGGUUUGCCUAAAUGGUGGGACCUGCAUUCGGCCGAAUACGUGUGCUUGUCCUCGUGGUUUCUUUGGACCUCAGUGUCAAUUCGGUUUUGCAGAGUUUGUAUUUUUGGAUAUCAGCAAUACACAGAGCAAUCUGAGGAUGUUUACGCCAGAAGUUUCAUCACCAUUCAUGAUACUAGCAUCCCCAUUCCAGUAUGACCCCGAAGAGAUUGAAUUGCAGGGCUUUUCUGUCAGCUAUGAUGAAAGACCAGCAAUGUUUGGUCCUGCCUCUUCUUUUCAGCUGGUCGUUACAGUGUGUCAAGGUCCACCCAAAGUGUGA